GUCUAGAGAUUAAAAAAGACCCAUAAACUGCGUUUUUUUGUUCAACUGUUAUUUAAAUGCGUUCUGUGAUGACUUUCAGAUAAUCUGUCACUUUCAUCACCAAUACAGGAAAGGUUUCAAAUUCCAGUUGUUGUUCAAGCUGAUUCAUCAUUCCAAUACCCAACCCCGUUUCUCAGAGACCCAGAGUCCUAAAUUUUGAGACGAACCCAUUUCUCAACGAGGCUUCUUGGUGUCAGUUAAAAUGGCGUCUGAGCUGAACAGAAGUUUGUCAAAAACAUACAUUGGUUUGCAGUUGUGGGUGCUGAUUGCAAUUUGCUUAGUGGUGCUUUUUUUAGUUAUCCUUGGCAUAUCUCUAUGGCUUAGUUUUCAGAACACCCGAAGACCUAAUGACAUUCUUCCUGUAAGGCAAGAACCUUAUGUUGCAGAGGUGAUUAAAGAGAUAAGUGUUGAUCAGGUUUCAGCAAACAAUGGUGGUAUGAAUGCCAUUAAUGAUAAAUUUACCAACAGAGAUUCGGAGAAGGUUCGGUUUAAUGUCGAUAAUGAAGAUAAUAGUGGUCAGUCUGGUUCGUUUAAUCGUUUAGAGAAAGAUGUUAAAGGGUCUCAACUAGGAGAAGGGGGAGGCACUGGGGCAGUUUCCAAACAUGGAUCUGCUUCGAAUCCUUUGACUGCUCCUUCACCUUUUUCUGGCCUUCCUGAAUUGUCGCAAGUAAGCUGGGGUCAUUGGUUCACUCUAAGAGACCUACAACUUGCGACUGACCGGUUUUCAAAGGAUAAUAUUAUUGGUGAUGGUGGGUAUGGAGUUGUUUAUCGAGGCAAUCUGAUUAACGGAACUGCUGUUGCUGUCAAAAAGCUCAUUAACAAUUCGGGACAAGCUGACAAGGAUUUCAGGGUGGAGGUUGAAGCCAUUGGCCAUGUGCGGCAUAAAAACUUGGUUCGACUUCUUGGGUACUGCAUUGAGGGCACACAAAGGAUGUUGGUUUAUGAAUACGUCAACAACGGAAAUUUGGAGCAAUGGCUCUGUGGAGAUACAUCUCACAAGGGAUAUCUUACUUGGGAUGCCCGCAUAAAGAUUCUUAUUGGCACCGCCAAGGCGUUGGCUUAUUUGCAUGAGGCUAUUGAACCGAAAGUUGUGCAUAGAGACAUAAAAUCGAGUAAUAUAUUGAUUGAUGAGAACUUUGAUGCUAAGAUAUCCGACUUUGGUCUGGCCAAAUUGCUAGGCGAUGGGAAAAGUCAUAUCUCAACUAGAGUUAUGGGUACCUAUGGUUAUGUUGCUCCGGAAUAUGCCAAUUCUGGCUUCCUAAACGAGAAGAGUGAUGUUUAUAGCUUUGGUGUUGUGCUCUUAGAAGCAAUUACUGGAAGGUACCCAGUAGAUUACAGUCGCCCUCCGCCAGAGGUACAUAUGGUUGAAUGGCUAAAGAUGAUGGUUCAACUCAGACGUUCCGAGGAAGUAGUGGACCCUAACUUAGAGACUAGACCGCAAACUAGUGCUCUCAAACGAGCUUUGUUGACUGCUUUGAGAUGUGUCGACCCCGAUGCAGAUAAAAGGCCGAAGAUGAGUCAGGUUGUUCGCAUGCUUGAAUCAGAGGAGUAUCCCAUUCCUCGAGAGGAUAGAAGACGCCGAAAGAAUCUGGCAGUUAAUUCAGGCGCUAACCAGGAUUAAGGGUCCUAGACUCGGGACUCAAAAAUGGUUUUAGAAGCUGAGAAGAGUGAUGAGCUAUCACCAUCCUUAACCUGAUGAAAUUCUGAUUGAUACGUUGUAAUGGCCUAUAGUUGAGAGAUGGAAAACAUGCAACACAUGCAGGUUACCUGGGAAUACUUUUUGGGAUUGGCUGCGGAUCGUAGAUAACAUUUGUUCAUGUCCGGAAAUAACAGUCACAAGACACCACAGCCGUAGAUUUUUUCUGUACAGGUCUAUACGGAGUAUGCAUAAUUUGUUUCCUCGUUAAUUCGGUUCUGUUUAUGUCGUUGGUCCAAUUGUACGACUUCUUGUUGCUCUGAGUUCAAUUGAGAAAA